AUGAAAGGUGUUCUUUCAACAGCUGUCCUCCUUCUAGCGAUUUCUCCGUUUGCACUUGCACAAAGUGACCUUGAACGCGCAAAAGAAGUGUUCAAAGGGCUACGAGAUGAGUUAACAAUCGUUAACAAGAUAAGCGACAUUCUGUUCCUGCUCGAUACCUCUGGUAGUUUGAGCUCCUCUGACUUUGACACUGAAAAGGAAUUCGUCAUAAACUUUCUGAGCACUAUAACUGUCAGCUUCGAAGAAGCUAGAGUAGCGGUCAUACCUUUUGGUAGUACAGCAAGCCUGUAUAUAGACGGAGUCUCCAAUCCCUCUUUGGACAAGGACAAGUGUGAUCUCGUUCAAAAGCUAAAAAAGAUGCCAAUAUACAUCAAUGGCUUCUAUACGAGUACCAAAAGUGCCUUUCAGCUCGCUUACGAUGUCUGUCUUGGAAAAUAUAGCGGCCAAAAAAGAGGCCCAUUGAAUGAAGUGAGGACGGUGGUUAUUCUUGUCACAGACGGAUGGUGGAAUUGGCCUUUUCAUGACCCCAACCCCACUCCCAUUGCCCAGAGGCUGCUUGCAGCAAAUGUAGAGGUCUUUGCAAUUGGUGUCGGAUCCAUAAAUCUGCCAGCGCUUCAAAAGUUGGUUAAAGAUCGAGAAAAACAAGCAUUUCAUUUGAGAAACUUUGCGGACUUAAAUAACCUGUCGCUCUACGUUAGAGGAGGUAAGUGAACAAAAAGUUUUAAUCAUAUUCAGACUGGGUGUCUUUUGAGGUCCCCCAAAUGUUUCAAAUUGAAUAACUUCAAAAUAGUUAAAGCUAUGACUUUUCCCAAAUGUUGUCAGGUAAAAUUUAAUUUACUAGUCGUUACGUGUACUUCAACAUUGAGGCAGCCAAUGCAUCCGAGCUUCGACAACCAUAUUUGCCUUUUUUUAUGUCAAAACGUCUUAUUUCAAUUAUACAUUUCAUUUAAUUCAGUUUAGUAUUAUUUUAUGUAAUUUUUUUUAUUUAAUUUCUUUCUUUUUCUUUUAAUUAUUCACCGCAGGCUCAGUUAAUAUUAGCUUCGCCUUCGGCGAAUAAUUGUUAAUUGUGAUCCAAAUUUUUCAGUGUCUAAUUGUAGAAAAAAUAUGAAUCUAAACGACCGAAAUGGCAGAUAUUUGUCUCAAUUUUCAACACUGUUCAUUUCAAUUGAGAAUUUCAUUAUUGGAUUAUUUUUUGCCUGUUAAGGAUCCAUUUAUACAAAAAUCAAAUUUUCUCUUUUAAUUCUAUUUGACUACCUCAAUUCUCAGAUGUAAACCGCCAACACUCGACUGGGUUAAAUAUUACUUGUGGCGUUCCUUAGGAGUCAGGGCUAGUCCCUACAUUGUUAACCAUGAACAAGAAUAUUACCAUGGUACCAUUUACACAAUCCAUCUGGGUUGAGAUCUUGUGCAUAUACAUAAAACUGUAAACUUUGACGCGAAGGGGAGAACGACUCGCUUCAAGGUGUAUCCAUAUCAGCUAAAAAAGGCCAAAAAGAGUGGAAAAUUUUCAUCUUCUCAAAUCACAGCUCUUAUUUCUGAAGCUUGAUUUUCCAACCGGAAUUUCCGGUUUUCCCAGUUAAACGAUAUAAAGUACCUUUAGUCACCUACGCAACCCUUUUUUGUGUCGUCACGCAAGGCUCCUUCGAAAGGAGCGUUGCGUGACGACAAUGAGUUGGAGACUAGUUAGAUAAGAAGUAUAUUUUGGAUUUUUUUUUCUAGACCCAAAGCAGAACUGGCAUCCUGUAGACUCCCACAAAUGUAACAACAAUUGCCAACAAUUGGAAAAGUGCAUCUGUGACCUUCAAAACUAUGAUUACAAGUGCUUUUGCCUGGAAUGCUAG